AAAUCUGUAGCGCAAGUUCCAGCUUUUCCCUCCUUCUUUGGGUCUAUAAAAAGGCUGAAAUGUUUUUGUUUAAAGCAGUAAGUAAUCAGACUGGAAGGGCUCCAAUAUCAGAGUUAUCCCUUAAAGCUGAACUAAGAUGAAGUGUUCAAUUCUGUUCCUCAUUCUUUUUGUUGGAUUCUCUUCUGGAUUCUUUUACAGAAUUAGCCAGAGAUCUUGCAAUUCUGACAGGGAAUGUCCUGCUAUUAGAAGGAGAUCAUCAUAUACCCGUUUUCUUGGCAUAUUUACAGCACGAGUUGACAGUUUGGGUGAGGUUAUCUCGAGCGGAAGGUGUUUGACACAAAGUGAUGGACUUUGUCAGUUUGGAAAUUUCUUGAGCGGAGGAAGGAACAGCUGUAAUGUGCGGCGCUGCGCACAAUGUUUCUCUGGUCUAGAUUGUACGAGAUGUCAAACCUGUGACAGAAAUACUUGCGCUGGACGAUGUGAAGACUGAAGACAAUCGUCGCUGAAGUCUCAUCCUUUGUGGUUAACCCUGUAAAAAUUAAAUCCACCAAAACUCUCUUAAAUCCAGAUUUAUUGGUGGGAGGGUGGAACAGCCGUAAUGUGCUGCACACAAUGUUUCUCUAAUCUCGAUUGCUAUGGAUGUCAAAAAUGUAACAAAAAUAUUUGCUCUGGACAAUGUUACUCUUACACUCCCACUCCUGUUCUUUGCUAAAUAAAAGAAUUUUUGUGUAAAAUAAAACUAAUCUGUUCUUAA